AUUCUAUUGACAAGUAUCCUUUUGCUGCGCGCAGAUGCCAGCGAUAUUAUCAAGGCAGAUGGCUACACAACCUGCGCCAAGUCAUCCAUCAUCACUGUAUCCGAUUUUAGCCUCUCUAUCGACCGGCGCAAUCAAUCGCUCACAUUUGCCGUCGCUGGCAGCGCAACAACAAAGACACCCAUCUUGGCGGAGCUCAAAAUUGAAGCAUAUGGAGUGACGGCCACACGGUACUCAUUUAAUCCAUGCGAGUACAAGAUCCAGCAGCUGUGUCCGAUGCAGGCGGGACCUUUUAAAGAGAAAGGGACGGUGCAUAUACCCGAUGAAGUCAUGUCCAAGAUCCCAUCAGCAGCUUGGCUUGUCCCCGAUUUACAGGGUCUUGCACAGUUGAGUUUGCAUGCACAAGACGGACAGGAGGUUGCGUGCUUGCAAGCAAAGAUCAGUAAUACAGAAACAACGAGAAACUCUGGUGCUCGUGUUGCAACAGCCGGUAUUGCUCUGACGGCGCUCGCCCUCUCUGGUGUGGCGUCUUUGACAGGAGCAGGUGGUGCAGCUGCAAGUGGAGCGGCUGGGUCUGCUGCCGGUGCACCUAGUUUCAUGGCCGUCCUCAAUUUCUUCAUGGAUGUCUCUUGGAGUGGGGCACUCAGUGUGGAUACGCCAGGUGUUUAUGUGGCCUUUACCCAGAACUUUGCCUGGUCCAAUGGCUUUGUUGUUGUCGCAGGCAUGCAGCGAGCGAUUGAUCGAUUUCGUGGCGAAACGGGCGGUAAUAUUAACAAGUCGUCGUAUGAUAUCCUCAUGCGGCAAAACCUAAUCCGCGGCUCCGAGCUACACAAGAGAGAGGAGGCUUCCAAGGUCGUUAAUGGUAUCCAAGCUUAUGUUGAGGAAAUCAGGGUGCCAUCGGAGAACACAUUCAUGACCAUGUUCAUCAUCUUUAUGAGUGUCUUGGGCGCAUUACUAGCAGGUUGUUUCUUGGCUAAAGGUGUGCUUGAGUUGUGGUCAAAAGGUCGCAAGUUGCCAAAAGUUCUGGAGACGUUUCGCCUCAACUUCUGGACCGAGACUGCCGGCUUACUUGUCAGAUCAAUCCUCAUCAUUUACGGCACUUGGACGCUACUUUGCCUCUAUCAAUUCAAGAAUGGAGACAGUUGGGCGGCCACCAUCUUGGCAGGCGCAAGUCUCACCAUCUUUACAGCUAUUCUCCUCUUCUUUACCAUUCAAGUCACACGAAUUGCCCAACAUGCAAAGAAGCUUGGUCUCGGCGCGAGUAGACUCUACGAAGACAAACCAAGUCUUCAAAAGUAUGGAUUUCUGUAUGACCAGUUUCGGAAAGAAUUCUGGUGGUUCUUUGUGCCGUGUAUCCUCUAUUCGGUCGCCAAAGCAAUGUUCAUUGCCCUUGGAGAUGGACAUGGGCUGGUACAAGUCAUCGGACAGCUUGCAUGCGAAGUUCUCAUGAUUGUCUUUCUCUUUGCAACGCGUGCCUAUGACGGAAAGAAGGCAAAUGUGGUCAACGUCUCCAUCAGCGUUGUGCGCAUCUUGACACUCGUCGGUACGCUCAUCUUUGUUGACGUACUGGGCAUUGCAGAUACGACGAAGUCAGUUGCUUCUGUUGUUAUGAUUGCCCUUCAAUCGAUAUUGACGGCUGUUCUCGCCGUUCUCCUCAUCUACAAUGCGAUUCUACCAUGGAUCAAGCAGAAGAAGCUGAAGAAGAACCGU